AUGCCGAGCCAGCAGAAAGAAGCGUCCCCAAUCAUGCCGAGCCAGCAGAAAGAAGCGUCCCCAAUCAUGCCGAGCCAGCAGAAAGAAGCGUCCCCAAUCAUGCCGAGCCAGCAGAAAGAAGCGUCCCCAAUCAUGCCGAGCCAGCAGAAAGAAGCGUCCCCAAUCAUGCCGAGCCAGCAGAAAGAAGCGUCUCCAAUCAUGCCGAGCCAGCAGAAAGAAGCGUCCCCAAUCAUGCCGAGCCAGCAGAAAGAAGCGUCGCCAAUCAUGCCGAGCCAACAGAAAGAAGCGUCGCCAAUCAUGCCGAGCCAGCAGAAAGAAGCGUCGUCAAUCAUGCCUAGCCAGCAGAAAGAAGCGUCCCCAAUCAUGCCGAGCCAGCAGAAAGAAGCGUCCCCAAUCAUGCCGAGCCAGCAGAAAGAAGCGUCGUCAAUCAUGCCUAGCCAGCAGAAAGAAGCGUCCCCAAUCAUGCCGAGCCAGCAGAAAGAAGCGUCCCCAAUCAUGCCGAGCCAGCAGAAAGAAGCGUCCCCAAUCAUGCCGAGCCAGGAGAAAGAAGCGUCCCCAAUCAUGCCGAGCCAGCAGAAAGAAGCGCCCCCAAUCAUGCCUAGCCAGCAGAAAGAAGCGCCCCCAAUCAUGCCUAGCCAGCAGAAAGAAGCGUCCCCAAUCAUGCCUAGCCAGCAGAAAGAAGCGCCCCCAAUCAUGCCGAGCCAGCAGAUACAAGUCUAA